CCCUGCCGCCCCGCCCCCUCCUUCCUCUGCCCCAAGCCAGGAUGCCGCCCGCCGCCUCCCAGCCCGGCCGUUGAAAUGCCUGCUCUCGCGAGAUGAUGCCGGAGCGGACAGCGGCGGCGAGAUUUGCUGGCUGGAGUUGGUAUUUGUAUUGAAGGAGGAGAAAAAAAAUUAAAAGAAAGAAAAGUGGGGGGUUAAUGAGAAAAGCGAGGAACUGGGGGGGUUCCUAAAAAUACAGACCGAGGCGCUGGGGGGGUAACCGAGACACAGCUCAUCAUGGCAUCGGGCGAUACGCUGUAUAUUGCCUCUGACGGCUCGGAAAUGCCCGCGGAGCUCGUGGAGCUGCACGAGAUCGAGGUGGAAUCUAUACCGGUGGAGACAAUCGAGACCACGGUGGUCGGGGAUGAUGACGACGACGAGGACGAUGAUCCCCACCACCAGCCCAUGAUCGCCCUGCAGCCUCUGGACUCUGACGACCCGAGCCACGUCCACCACCAUCAGGAGGUGAUCCUGGUUCAGACCCGGGAGGAGGUGGUCGGAGGAGACGACUCUGAUCUGAGGGCCGACGACGGUUUUGAGGACCAGAUCUUAAUCCCUGUGCCUGCCCCGGCCGGGGAAGACGAAUACAUCGAGCAGACCCUGGUGACAGUGGCCGGGAAAAGCUCGUCGUCGGGCGGGCGCAUGAAGAAGGGAGGGGGUAGCGGAAAGAAGAGCGGUAAAAAGAGCUACCUUAGCGGAGCCGAGCCCAGCGGCAGGAAAUGGGAGCAGAAGCAGGUGCAGAUCAAGACCCUGGAGGGAGAGUUUUCCGUCACCAUGUGGGCUUCAGAUGAUAAGAAAGACAUUGACCAUGAAACAGUGGUUGAAGAGCAGAUUAUCGGAGAAAACUCGCCGCCAGACUAUUCUGAGUACAUGACAGGAAAGAAACUACCCCCAGGGGGGAUACCAGGCAUUGAUCUGUCUGAUCCCAAGCAACUUGCUGAAUUUGCGAGAAUGAAGCCUAGAAAAAUCAAGGAAGAUGAUGCGCCGAGAACCAUUGCCUGUCCUCACAAAGGAUGUACUAAGAUGUUCAGGGAUAACUCUGCAAUGAGGAAGCACUUGCACACACACGGCCCGCGAGUACAUGUCUGUGCAGAAUGCGGAAAAGCCUUUGUUGAAAGUUCAAAACUCAAGAGACAUCAGCUGGUUCAUACCGGUGAAAAGCCAUUUCAGUGUACUUUUGAAGGCUGUGGCAAGAGAUUCUCAUUGGACUUCAAUUUGCGCACCCAUGUGCGGAUUCACACAGGAGACCGGCCCUAUGUAUGCCCCUUCGAUGGCUGUAAUAAGAAAUUUGCUCAGUCUACCAACCUGAAAUCUCACAUUUUAACACACGCUAAAGCCAAAAAUAACCAGUGAAACUCGACAAGCGGAAAGACGUCUUACCUUUAAAAAAGCAUCUUUGGUGUAUGAUCAAAAUACACCGCCCAUUGUACCUUGUACAUGGUUUCCAGGGAUGAAUUUUAACAGAUACCCAAUCUCUUAAGGGACAGUUUUGAUAAUGACUGUAGAAAACAUAUUAAAAAAAGAGGACUUCAAGUUCACUGUUUGAGAUGCUCUGUUAUCCGAUUUUCAUAAGUGGAUUUUUUUUUUUUUUUGUAUAGUGACUUCUUUCUCCCCAAUGCCUCGUGCAACCCGGUGGGCAGUGUCACAAAAUUGCAUCAGGACUUCCUACCACAAUACUAAAAAAACAAACAAUGAACUUACUUAUAAAUAGACGCUCACUUGUUGCAAAUUGUUCUCCUUUCUUUUUUUAUUAUUAAUUAUUUUAAAUCUUUUAUUUUGUAUUUUCCAAGUGUGCAUAUUGUACACUUUUUUGGGGAUAUGCUUAGUGACGCUAUGUGUUUAAUUCUGGAGGUUGAUAACUUUUGCUUGCAGUAGAUUUUCUUUAAAAGAAUGGGCAGUUACUGUACUAAAUGCAUACUUCAAAAGGAUUUCCCUGCUAAAAAAAAAACAAAAAAGCAAAAAAAAAAAAGAAACUUUACAGGUUUUGUUUGCUACCUUUAUUUUUUUUUUGGUUGUAUUUUUAGAUGUUAACCUAUUUUGUAUAAUUGUAUCGUACAUAGCUGUAUUGGAAUCAUGUAGCACCAACUAUUAGAUGUGAUUUACGCUAGUGAUAAAUAACUAAAUCCAUUUUAGUCACUUAUUUUGGAGGGGGGGUUCCUGCCAGACAGAUGUUCUUUUGCCUGUUCAGUUCAAGAAAUUGGUGCUCAGUUGUAGAAUGUAUUGUAUAGACACUGACCUUUUUAUCAAUAUGUCCCAUGCGUUAGAAAAGGGCCGUAUAAUAGGAUCCGUGGUGGGAAUGCAGGCCGUAUGUAACCCGCUGAUGGCUACCGGCAGGGCUGGACAAACGUUUUGAGCCGGGUGGGCAUCGCUUCCUAAAACGUUACUGCCAGAAACUAACUUUUUUUGGGGGUAAAUUAUGUAUUUUCUGCUAUGGUUACAUCCCAUAUUUGGCUCCUGUUUUUUUUGUUUUUUUUUUUCCCUCCCCUAUCCGGCUACAGAUUUAUCCAGCCCUGACCGCUGACUUACUCAACGUACCAAAAACACGAAGCUGUCCUUGAUUUUUCACCUAAUGAACUUUUGUAAUCAAGGCCAGCUCACAUUGAGAUGUUUUGAAGCUGUCAAUCUUCUCUAAUUAGGGUUUCACUAUACCGACUGAUUUAAUGUCAAAAACAUUUGAGAGAGAGAAAAAAAAAAUCUGUAUUUCAAUUCUUUCGAGUGUCUUUACUAAUCAGACUUAAAGUAAAGUAUCUGAAAUGAGGACGAUGUAUCACAAUGUGGCCUGUGUUUACUUCCAUUAGUGGUAGGUGGCGGCGUGUUACACGCAUGUCAUUCAGGAUAGAGUUCCUAAAGACGCGGCAGCCUUUUACUAUUUAUAUAUGAGAAGUCUGGUGGGGCUCGCUCAGUCUUGCGCUGGCCAUUCAUGGGUAUUCAGGUGGCUCGGCGAGACCCUGCAGAGUCUGACGCAUGAGAAUGUGUCUAUUCCCCCCUUCUUCGCUCUCUUUUUCUGUUUUACCGCAAAUAUUUCUAAGGUUUUGCUGAGCUUUUUAUCCAGUAUGGUAUACCAGGGCUGGGUGCAUAUAUAAUAUAUACGUAUGAGUAGCUACGGAAUGACGUUGGUCAAAGAGAACGUUUCUACCUGUGUUCCAACAAACACUGGCAUAAUUUUUGUAUUUUAAUACUGUAAAUACAUUUAUUUCCCAAAAAUAA